CGCUUACAGAAGUCAGAGUCCCGCGGGAUGUUUAAUCACUCACUCGAUUUAGAAGCUACCCAGUGACAUAACUGAGUUGGCAACACCGCCAUUUCAUCUUGUCCGCGGGGCGGUUCUCCAAUCGGCGCGUUCCGGGACUUAUUGCGCGGGGCGUCAACCCCCUGAAAUGGCUUGACCUGUAUAUAUAUUCCAUGUGCGCCACUCGUCAUCUCCCAUCACUUCGUUUGGACCUACGACACCACCCUUCACUACCUACCCUCAUCUUCUACUCCUUGGUUGGAACUACGAUGCCUCCCUCCACAGAUUUGGAUUGUAUCAGAGAUGUACAUCGCCUGCUACAAAGGAAGGGACACUGUCCGCCUGAUGCAGUAACAGUCUUAACCGGACCCCUUGCUUGCUCACAAUGCCGUUCACUUGGGAUCAUACGCCCCGGAUUUAGCCUCAUAUCAUUUGAUCACAAGGAUCAGCCCCAAACGCAGAGUGCUCAGAAUGCAAUGGGUGAACCAGAUGAUAGUGAUGUGUCGCCUGACGCAAGCGAAAGCUUGGUACGUUCCCAGGAAUCCAGUCGCGCACGAAGCAACACGCUUCCCAACGAUGCGGGGUCCCUCGGAUCCUGUGUCGUACCUCCCCCUCAUUCCUACGCUGGCAUUCAGCUAAGCGUUGUUCUAGCAAACCGUGAUACCCAAGGAGAGGAAACCGAGAAGCAAGUGUGCUCCUGUCACACAUUAGAUGCUGUCGAUACGACCAUCUCCGUGAAGCUUCUCGAGGAUCCAGUGACGAGGCAAUUUCUCUCAGACUUUGCUUCCCGUUAUCCCACCCUUCGCAGGAUCGUGGUCCAGACGGAUGGCCAACCCCCACCGCCCGUGGGGUCGUGCGCUAGCCGGGGGGAUGUGCAGCCGAAGCCCGUUAACCAAUUUGGGGAUGAGCAAACAAGAAGUCAUUUGGGGAUACCUUGUUCUGCGGAUCUUGUCCGCACUAACCUUUAAGUUCCUCCGAACUAAAGGGUUUUGCAGUGGCUACUUUGUGGGUUUUUUUUUUUGCUGAAUGUGCAUGACGUUCUCCGACCCGUUUUCCCUCUUAUCGCGGCUUGGUUGGGCUCGCUGGGCUCGGAGCUUCAAUCCAAUGUGUAUGAUCCUGUUCCUCGAUGAAAUUGUGCUGAGAGUUCCGAGUUGAAGUAGGGCUAAAUCAGUCAUCCCUCAGGCGCGAUCGCACAAGUGCCGUGUCUGUU